GUAGAUUCCCCCGAGCGCUCCGGACACGAAGAGGUAGGAGGAUGGUGUGGAUGUGAUAAGGGUGUUGGAUCCUCCCUGCAACCUGGAGGUGGAGAUUGGAAGAAUCUGUAAAAGGACUUGCUGGAGCAAGGGAAGGCUGUGACACUGUGAUGGCUAUGAAACCCAGUAAAAAAACAAGAGGCUCUACUGAUGACAUCCUUGAAGAGCUCCUGGGAUAUGAUGAUGAAACUCCUCUUAAGUCUGCCAGAGCUUCCCAGCCAGCUGGGAUCAAUGGUGGGAGAGCCUGGGGCACCAGCCUGCCAGCCAGCAAGAAGUCCUUUCUGGAGGAUGAUUUCCUCAGCAAACUGCCUGCAAAGGACAUGGAUGAAGAGGCAUCCAGUGCCUCCAACAUGGACUCAGAAGCUCUCCUGCAGACCCUGAAGGAUAUGGAUGACAUGGAUGCUGAUCUCCUGGGAUUGUCAAAACCCAGUUCUGGGGCAGGGAAGGCAACAGUGAAAGGGCCUGGGAAAUGUGACUCCUUGGGAGGAGGAGUGAAAACCACAGGGAAGCCACCAACUCCUGAGAAGGGACAGCCUGUGCCUUUGAUGGAGAAGAAGCCACUCUCACCCCCCUCCACUUCCCAACAGUACAAGAAAUCAAACUUUGAAGAUCUAGAUGAUGCUUUGCUAGGGCUCUCAUCUAACGAGGAGCAGGAUGCUGCCAAGAAGCUGGCUCCAACUGGCACUAAAAGCAGCUCUGACAAAAAAGCAGAGCAGAGCAAAGGGAAAGAGCCACCCCCGACACCCCAGCACGCCACGGCCCCAGCCCGGAGGAGGGCUGAGCUCACCUUUGAAGAUGAUGGUGAUGACCUGAUGGAUGCACUGGGAUUUGGCAGUGGCCCCAAAGAUGAGAAGCAGGGGAAGAAGGCAGAAGACAGAGAGGAGCUCCGGCCAGCCCGCUCCAAGCUGGAUGAGCUGCUGGGACGCGGCUCUGUGUCCAGAGUCCUGGAACAGCCAGGCAUGGGAGAGCACAGGGAGUUCAAACUGGAUAAGAAGUACCAAAAGCAGCCAGAGAAGGAGGAGGAUUUGGACAAGGAGGAUUUUGUCUUUGGAGCAUACCAGCCCACGGUGGCCUCCGUGCCCAGGGGCACGGCGAGGAGGCAGUCUGUGAGGUUUUCAGAGGAGAACAGCAGUGAGCCAAAACCAGAGCCCCACUCCAAACCUCCUCCAGCCAGCCAGAGCCCUGCACGGAGCAGGAGGUCUGGAGCUGACUGGCUGGGCUUGACAGAUGAGGACUUCCUGGACUCAGAGCCACCAUCUCCAGUGAAGGCCAGUCCUGUGGUGUGCCACCCCAGCCCUGCUGCAGCUGGGCAGCCCAGCUCUGCCAGCCAGCUCCAGGCUGCAGAGGAGGCAGCAGCUAAACCUGAGCCAGCAGAGGAGGAGAACUGGCUGGCUGCUGCCUUGGCUCGCAAGAAAGCCCAAGUGCAGGCCAAGGCCCAGGAGAGAAAUGCCAGGCCUGUGGAGGCCCCAGGUGGAGGGCUGGAUCCCCUCUCUCCUGUCAGCCAGCCAGCCAUCUCCACAGCAGCACCACAGCAGGCAGCUGCCCAGCAGCAGGACAAGACAGCAACCACAGAUGGCUCUGGGCAGCUCGUCCCCUGGCUCAGCACCACGAAACAAGCCCCAGCUCACCCACUGAAGGCAGAGAAAGCUGAACCUUCCAGAGACACCAGCACCUCAGUCCCCACAGCCUUGUUCCCAGGACAGCAGGAGACACAGGGCCCUGCCCCAGUCACUCAGGUUACCACACCCAGGGCACAUCUCCAGGCCACCCCACAGCUGCAGGUAGAGUCCCCAGCCCUGGGCUUGCUGCAUGAGAGGAGGCUGGGGACUCCUGCAGCCCAAGGCUCCCAGGAUGCAUCAGGCUAUCAGGCAGCACUGCUCAGCUCCCAGGCCCGUGUGGCAGAGCUGGAGAGCCAGGUCCAGAUGCUGGAACUGGAGCGGACGCAGCACAAACUGUUGCUGGAGAGUCUCCAGAAGCGGCAUCAGGAGGACCUGGAGCUCCUUGAGAGUGCCCACAGGAGCCAAGUGAAGGUGCUGGAGGACACCUAUGGGCAGCGGGAGGAGAGGCUGAGGCGGGAGAAGGAGCAGCUGGCGGCGCAGCUGCUGGCGCAGAGCCAGGCGGCGGAGCGGGCGCGGGCAGAGCUGCUGGCACAGCACCAGCAGCGCCUGGCGGCACUGCAGCAGCAGAGCACGCUGGAGCUGGAGAGGGUGCGAGAGCUGCAGAGGGUGUCUGUCGAGGAGCUGCGCAGAGACCACGAGGAGCAGCUCCAGCGGCUGAAGCGGCUGAAGGAGCAGGAGAUCAGUGCCGUGACCAGUGCCACGUCACACACCAGGUCCCUGAAUGGUGUCAUUGAGCAGAUUGAGAAGGUCUCCAGUGACCUGCAUGACCUCUCACACAAGAUGGAGGCCACACACCACAGCACCUCCCAGGAGCUGGCCCUGGAGGCACGGCAGCGGGACAAGCAGCUCAAGGUGCUCCAGGACAGGCUGCUGCAGCAGCAGAGGGACAUGGAGGAGGAGCGGAGCCGACUCCAGGAGGUGAUCGCGAAAAUGGAGGCCAGGCUGAGCGAGCAGACUCGGCUGCUGGAGCAGGAGCGAUGGAAGGCAGCAGCAGAGCAGUCCAAGGUGGAGUCGCUGCAGCGCUCGCUGGAGGAGCAGCGGCGAGUCAUGACCCACCAGCUCUCCAUGGAGAGAGCAGAGCUGGAGAGGGCGAAGAGCUCUCUGCUGGAGGAGCAGAAGUCGGUGAUGCAGCAGUGCUCAGAGGAGCGACGGAGGCUGGCGGCGGAGUGGGCAGAAUUUCACAGCCAGCAGCAGCUGAGCAAGGAGCGCCUGGAGCGGGACAUGGACCGGGCCCUGCAGAUGGACUCCCACAGAGAGGGCACCCUCAUAAGCCUGGCCAAGGAGCAGGCAAUGCUGAAGAUCCGAGACCACGAGCUGAGAGCCAAGGAGGAGCAGCUGGCAAAGGACAGGGAGCUGCUGGACAAGGCCUGGCAGGAGCUGAGGCUGGAGAAGGAAAAGGCAAAUGCGGCUGCGCUGCGCAUCCGGCAGCAGGAGGAGGAGAUCAAAAGCAUGACCAAGCUCUCGUCCCAGAAGUACGAGGAAGGGGAGCGAGCCCUGCGGGAGGCACGCAGGAUAGAGUCCAAGGACCAGAGCAGGCUGCAGGCUGUGCAGCAGCAGUGGGAGCAGCUGAAGCAGCAGGAACAGCAGCUGCAGCAGGAGCGGCUGAGCCUGGCUGACCAGAGGAGGCAGCUGGAACAGCUACGUGAGGAGCUCUCACUGACCACAAACCAGGACCUCAGUGCCUCUGUGAAAGGCCUCAACAGCACACUGUUUCCUCUAAAUGCAGCAGCACCACGCAGUCAAGCUUUUGUUCCAGAGUUUCCACCUGCCAGCAGGCACAGCCCAGAGCAUAGUAGGGAAACCCUGGCCACAGCCAGCCCUGAUGAGCUCCACGUCAAACUGCUGUUGCUGAAGCACAGGGCCCAGCAGGACCGUGCUUUCUUAGAGGAUGAGCAGUUCUUCCUGGAGACCCUGAAGGAAGCAUCCUAUAACACUUCAUCUCUGUCAGGCUGAGGAGAUGGCAUUCCCAUGCCCUACCCAAGGGACAGCUGCUGUGGCCUCCACUUGGGAGAGGGACACAAACAAUAAAUAAUC